CGGUUUCUCCUGCUCAAUAUUUAUUCCGAUUCCAUUUUCGCUUUUUCCAUUUCUCCAAGCGUAAGAGAGGAGGAAGAGAGGAAGCGAAUACCUCUCUCGUCCUCAACUCUUUUAAUCGACCCGUCUUCUCCGGUCUACGCGUAUCCUUGAUUCCUAGCUGAGGGAAAGAUGGGGCUCACUUUCGCAAAGCUAUUUAGCCGCCUGUUUGCGAAGAAGGAGAUGAGGAUCCUGAUGGUGGGGCUUGAUGCUGCUGGUAAGACGACCAUCCUGUACAAGCUCAAGCUUGGAGAGAUCGUCACCACCAUUCCAACAAUUGGAUUCAAUGUGGAGACUGUUGAAUACAAGAACAUUAGUUUCACUGUAUGGGAUGUCGGUGGUCAGGACAAGAUCAGACCUCUGUGGAGGCAUUACUUUCAGAACACCCAGGGGCUUAUUUUUGUUGUUGAUAGCAAUGACCGUGAUCGUGUUGUGGAGGCAAGGGAUGAACUCCACAGGAUGCUAAAUGAGGAUGAGUUAAGGGAUGCUGUCCUACUUGUGUUCGCCAACAAACAAGACCUUCCAAAUGCAAUGAAUGCUGCUGAAAUAACCGAUAAGCUUGGCCUUCAUUCUCUCCGUCAGCGCCAUUGGUAUAUACAAAGCACAUGUGCUACAUCUGGCGAGGGCUUGUACGAAGGACUUGAUUGGCUCUCUAGCAACAUUGCCAGCAAGUAAUCGUAGCUUCUGUGAAAGCUGCGCGUUCAAGGCUUUUGUGAUGUGGCAAGCAAGAAGACUAUUAAAUUAUUAAUGAUCCACUUGGAUUAUCUUUAUUCUAGCGUUGGAAAAUAUGAAACUUAACUGUAUCACACUUAUGUGCGUGGUUGUUGAACCUUUUAUGUGAUCCUCUUUAGCUUACAUAUCAGUUUCAUUAAUGAAUGUGGACAUGCACGCGGCAAUUAGCCUUC